AUGGUGAGCACCCGAAGCCAGUCCGUUCUCAGCGCUGAGGCGGCGCACGGUGACACAGCCGCCAGCCAUGGCGAGGUGAGCAGCGUGGCGCCGACGCCAAGACGCAGCGGACGCCUGAGGAGCAGCGGCACGGCGGCGACGCCAACGGCGGAACAGGCGCCACCACGCACUGCUCGGACACGACGGCUGAGGGCUAUCAUAGAGGAGCAGGAGCAGCAGGGGGACGUGCAGGAGCAGCAGGCUGAGCAGCAGCAAGAAGCAGCACCAGGUAGCCAGGAGCCUGCGAAGCGGGGCCGGCGUCGCUCCGCUGCAGCCUCGCCCAAAUCGCCAGCCGCUGGGGCGGCCAGCCCCGCAGCAGCAGAAGAGCCUCAGGAGGAGGAAGAGGAGCAGGAAAAGGCAGGUCUGCAGCCACUCAAGGCGCGUGUAGCGCUGGUGGAUCUUUUGGCAGAGGAGAUGUUUGCCGCACUCAACGGCGCUUUCGGGGAGCGUGAGGGCGGCAGCAGCACCAGCGGCUCUGAUGAGGAAUCAGGUGAUGCCCAGGAGGAGGGCGGGGCAGCGGCCAGGCCUGACAGGCAGCAGGACCGGGCGGCGGCGCAAGCAGACAGCAGCAGCAGCGAUGGCAGCGACAGCGACAGCGAGGGCGAGGGGCGGGCGGGGCGUGACCACGUUCCACGCCACCUGCGCUGGCGGCCCGAGCUGACGCUGCCCGGCAUGCCGGGCAGCAGCAAUCAGCCAGCAGCACAGCCGGGCCGCGGCGAACCUGCGGCCGCGGCGGCGGCGGCAAUGGCGGCAGGAGUGCACGUGGUGCGCAAGGGCAAGCAAGCCGACAGCCUGCACGUGCCGCCGCCAGACGAGCGUGCCGCGCACCGUGCGGCGCGCAAGGCGGCCCCUGACACCGCUGGGGCCGCCUGGUUCGACCUGCCUGCCACACAAAUCACGGAUGAGGUCAAGAGGGACUUGCGCCUGCUGCGCCUCAGGGGUGCCCUGGACCCCAAGUCCUUCUACAAGAAGCUCGACUCCACCAAGUUCCCCAAGUAUUUCCAGAUGGGCACGGUGGUGGAGGGCGCGGCAGACUUCUAUUCGGGCCGGCUGACCAACAAGCAGCGCAAGCGCACCUUCACAGAAGAGAUCAUGGCGGACGAGCAGCUGGCAGAGAUGCGCAAGAAGCGGCACGCCAAGCUGCAGGAGGAGCGUCAGUACUGGAGCAAGAAGAAGAUGGGGCGCAAGACGAGCAACGAGCGCAAGAAGAAGGCGCACCAUCGGCCCAAGCACUAA